UCGACACGGACGGAAGUGAUGCAAAUCGCGUUUCUCGAUCACUUUAAUCGGUUUUGGCUCUGAUUUCUGCAGAAGCAGAGGGGUGAUGCUUCUGUGAAACUCACUCCGCUUGGGUAACCUUUGUUCCGCUGCAGGACGCGAUGGAUCCGUCCAGGAGGAGCGAAAGUGACUGGCAGGGGCUGGUCAGUGAGUUCCUGGUUUGUAAGCGGAAGUUGGAGAGUAAGAAAGAAGCUCUUCUGAUUCUGUCUAAAGAGCUGGACACCUGUCAGCAGGAGAGGGAUCAGUACAAACUGAUGGCCAACCAGCUUCGUGAGCGACACCAGGGACUAAAGAAGAAGUACAGAGAACUCAUUGAUGGAGAUCCUUCUCUGCCUCCAGAGAAAAGGAAUCAAGUGAAUUUAGCCCAGCUACUGAGAGACUCCAGAGAGCGAAACUCUCAGCUGUCUGAGGAGGUGAAGGAGCUGAAACAGCGACUACUGGAAGCUCAGGGUGAUAACAAGCUUCUACGGAUGACCAUCACCAAACAGAGGCUGGGAGACGAAGAGGUCGGCGCCCGACACUUUCCCGCGCAUGAGCGAGAAGAUCUGGUCAAACAGUUAGAAAGAGCGAGAGAGCAGAACGAGGUGCUGGAGAACAGCGUGAAGUCGCUCACGGACGAGCUGCAGGAUGUUCGAGCAGAGCGGGACGUGUUUCAACAGAAGGCUCAUCGUCUCAAUGUGGAGAUGAACCACAUAGUGGGGAAUGAUGAUGUCCGCAUCUUAGACAUCGACGCGCUCUGCAUGGAGAACAGGUAUUUGCAUGAGCGACUUAAUCAACUUCAAGAAGAGGUCAACUUGCUCAAGACAAAUUUGCUGAAGUACAAGAGUGCCCUGGAGUGUAGGAAGACCUCUAAAAUCAGUGGAAAGCCCAACAGCAGUGCUCUGACUGGGGUGCUUUCUGCUAAACAAGUGAAGGAACUACUGCUGUCUGAAGAAAACGGCUGCAGUUUGCCGGUGACUCCUCAGUCCAUCUCAGACCUCAAAUCUCUCGCCACAGCUCUGCUGGAAACCAUCCACGAGAAAAACAUGGUGAUUCAGCACCAGCGCCAAAUCAACAAGAUUCUUGGAAAUCGAGUAGCCGAGCUGGAGAAGAAACUAAAAACACUGGAGAUGUCCGGAUUAUGGAGCCUUCCAGGGGGAAGAGACGCCAUCAUCCUGAACACGCAGCAAGUUGAUUUGACCGAUCCGUCUGAUUCUCCGGGACAGAACGGUGACAAGAGGUCAGAAAACAAACUAGCUGAGCACGAGAGCUCCCCAGAAGACAGUGUAACACCAGCUGCGUCAGAUUUUCAAGAUGACGCACCAACACCAUCAUCGUGUGUCGAGGCCUCGAACCAAAACUGCUCACCACAGUUGGAUGAGCAAGAGUCCUCAAGGCCUCAAACAGAAACGCCAGCUAGUGAGGAGUGCCAGGAAAGUGGCCAAUCACAAAGCACUGCAGUUUUUACCAGUUUCACAACAGAAGAGGAGGGUCUGAGUGACUCCAGUGCUGAUGUGAAAUACUUGAACAGACCUGAUCCCUCAGACCCCGGCCACUCACAGCAACUCUCAGAGAACUCAGUCCCAACAGCUGGAGGAGAGGAGGAGUCCUAUGAAUGCACUGUAGGGGGGGAAAGUGUUGAAACAGAGUGUAAUGUAAUAGAGAGAAAUAGUCACAUUACAUCAUCUACUACUGUGUCUACUACAGCCUCCCAAGAGCAGCAGGAGGACGUCCUGACUACCGCGGAUGUUUGCAGUAGUCAGGAGGAGGUGUGAUGUCGCACAGCAUUAAGAAAAAGACAAAACUAAUUAAAGUAUGUACAAAAUCCACAAAGCUCUUUAAUUAUUUUUUGAAUAAUUCAAAAAUAAAAAAAACUGGUAAACUAAUCUUUGGAAAACAGCAUAUUAGAUUUCAGAUGAGUGCGAAUGAAUCAACAGUGACUCCUACCAAACUGAAGAGUAUUAACGAUACUCUUCAGAUGCUCUAAUGUUUCUCUGCUUUCACUCGCUCCAUUGUCCGAGUUCUGCACCACCUUUUGGAACUGAUGUCAAUGUGACCAAAAGUAACUGGACACCUGUGAUUCGUCAUCCCCCAAACCAUACUCACAGGAGUAAUAAUAUUCACUCCUGUGAGAGUUUCUAUUAGAUUUUUAAAACAUGGCUCAUUCAUUCACUCACACGUUUCAUGUAGUCUGCAUAUCUAAUGUGGCAAAACAGUGAUUUCUCCUUAUUAAAUAAGUAGCAAAAAAGAUGCAUGCAUCAGUGCUGUAUGUGUUAUACUUAAAGGUUUCUUUCUGCUUUUGAAGGUAACAUUUACAGAGUUGUCUGCUUUAGGUGUGAGAAUUAUUUUGCUGAUUAAAUCACAUAAUAAAAAGGAGUUAAUGAUGAUCUUUAUAAUGACCUUUGUUAGGUCAUGAACCGGUUCCUUACUGUCAAGAUUCAGCCUUGGCAUGAUUUAAUUCAGUCAUCACGAGGAUAAAAGCAAUUUGACAAAGAUGUCAGGAAGUACAGUACGCUUGUUCUAAACACGACGUGCCCUAUGUGAACCAAGCGCAAACCCACCUUAUGCUUUACUUAACAUUCGCAGCGUAUAAUCAGCCGUGUAGCAAAGCCGCAUAUGACAACACGGAGUUCAUGAGACCGUAUGAUGAUGUGAUAUGUCAACAAUGUAAAAGCUAACUCAAAUGGUUAACGUUCAGAGACUACAUGUUCUAGUGGUGCUUUAUUUUAUCACAUCAAAUAUUAUGAAAUGGCAGGUAAUGUACAGAACAACCAAUAUGUUAUCAGAAAGUAUAAUAAAAAAUGGGGUUAUGAUCUGAGAGGAGAGCUAAAAAAAAAAAAAAAAGGAUGGACAACAAAGAAGAGCUUGUUCAAAUUAACCUGUGCAGUGAAUUUGUGGAAUAAUAUGGAGAAGGGUUCUGAAAAUGUGCACAAAUAUAAAUCAGUUUUAAGAAAUUAUACAUGGAAAAAAACCACUUAUAAAGCAGUAUAUGGAAGCAGAGUAUUAAGUAUUAAACUCUGCCUGGAUAUUUGGGUUGAAUACUGUGAGGUGAUAUGAUGGUUAUACUGUGCAUAAAGAUAUAAAAAUAUUUUUAGAUUGUUGUAUAGGUAUAUUUAUUUAUAGAUACAGGUAUAUAUUAUGCUCUAUAACCAAAAACAGAAAUAUCAUUUAAACAGGAAGUGGGAAUUGGAAAGCAUUUGCUUCCUUCCACUCCUUUUCGAACAGGAAAUGGUCAGUAUUUUAUGGGAUGUCAGUCUGUGGAGUUUAAUAUAAUGGCUUUCUUUAUUUCAUACCCAUUUUUUAAUAUUUAUUAACAUUUGUUACUUAUAUGUUGGAAAUAAAGAUUUCCUUCCUUUUAUUCUUUCAAAUAUGUGUUAAAUGCUAUAUGACAGCAUGCUACUGAGUGAAUAAAGACAGUCUCAGUUGUUUCUUUGA